AUGAGUGAACGUGUAGGUAGAAGAAAAUCGCAUAGAUGGGUAUCUGUUUCGAAGGGUAACUAUGAUGGUGCGGACUGGGAAAGUGAUUAUUCAGGAGAUGAGUUAGAUGCUUCUCCUAAAAGACAAGGAACAAUCAAUAAAUUACCUGACCUACCAAAGCUGAAUACAGUUGAUCAGGCAGAGUUACACGAUGGUUGUUUUGGACAAAUCAGUCGAUCAAAUACUGUAGUGAAGACUAGUGGUGCUGCUGCUGCGAGUGCUGCUGCUGCGAGUGCUGCUAGUAGUACACCGAAGAUACUAUCGCCCAAUGAGAGUAUUAUUUCGCCCACUCUGAUAAAUACAUUGGAAACUCCAAGGAACUUAUCGCGUUCAAGGUUAUCUUUGAAAUCGGCUACUAGGUCGUCGCAUGUUGUUAACAGAGAUCUGGAUUCGUUGAUGGAUGAAAUAUCCAAGGAAAUGACAUCAAGGAAGUCACCUUUGGAUAAUUUGGAGCCUCCUCUGGAACCACCUGUUGAUUUCAAUCGACUUGUACGGUCUAACAGUAGUGGGGCACAAUCUGUUACGGGGUCGGAAAAAUCUUCAGCUCUCCCUUAUGUUAAUGCGGACAAUGAGACUGGUUCUACUGAUGGGUCGUUUAACAAAUUCACGGAUGUUGUGCCAGGCCUGGAAAGCAAGAGUGAUGACGAAGGUGAUUACGAAGUUAGGAAGGAAGGCUAUUUCUCUGCCUAUGAUAUUCAGGAGGAGAUAUCCGGUCAAGUUGCAGCGAAUGCUCAUAACUCCGUGGUAGCCUUGGAGCGAUACGAUGAGGACGCUCCUCAUCCAGCAGCAGGGGAUGAUACUAUUGAUGCAGGUCUCCAACCCCCAACCCAUGAAAAAGAAGUUACUUCGAUUGUUUUUAAGUAUCAAGGUUUGCAAGAUAGUGAUGCUUUUGAUGAGACUUUGUCUUUACCGAACCAGGAAAGGAGCAGUUCGAACCAGGAAUACAGCCAGUUCAAAAACGGACCUACUGAUAUAUACAAUAAUAGUAAUCAGCUGCCUACUCUAUCCCAGAAAUCUAAUGGAUCCGACGCUUUGAGUUCUGAUAAGAGCAAGUCAGUAUCAACCAACUCGACUAAUGAAGGGGGUGGUCCUAUAAGGCUGAAAAAUACCCCUAAUACCGAGUUAUCCUACCGAGAGGAGGAUUCAGAUGAUGAGAGCUUUCGAACAGAUACUGAAGCAGACCCUUAUGCAGUUUUAUCGCCUUUGAAUUCCGAUAAUGAGCACUCGACUUUGAUAUCUUCAAACAAUACAUUGAAUAGAGAUAUGGCGUCUGUGGCAUUAACUUUAGAAGGCAAUGGGUCUCACGAUACUCUUGAUGCUGCUAAUAGCCUUGAAGGAGUUGGUGGAGUAUAUAGAAUUCCUGAAUCGCUAGAUAUUUUUACUAGCUAUGAUGAAGAGUCAGCUGAAGAUUCUAAGAGACAGUCCAUUAAUUUAGGUUCAUGGAAACCAAACACGGAUGGAUAUAGAAAUGCAUUUUUGAAUAAGAUCGGAGCGUUGAAAGAGGGUAAUAAUAUUCACGCUAAUCCAGAUCCAAAAUUACCACCUGUAGAUGUAAAAUUAAAGAACGAGCAUACUUCACCGGGACCAGAAUUCGGUGGUGAUAAUGAUAGUCUUUGGGAAGGAUUCCCGCGGGUUGACGCGUAUUGCGAAGAUGAUUUGCAAUCUGUUGAUGAUACAAAAACUAUUUAUGACAAUCAGACUUUGUACGAUGUGCCUGCAAUCAUGACAAAUAAUAGAAACCUGCCUCCGUUACCGCAAAAGCUUACCGACUUGAAUUAUUCUUCUGAAGGAUUCGCCGCAGAAAAUUCUAUAACAGAUAGUGUUGUUGAUUCUGACUCUGUGUUGAAGAGAUUGCAAGGCGAGAAACCUCCAUCAAAGCCUGCUAUAUUCAAAGAACACUUCUUGUCGAUACCAGAUGGAAUUCAAAUUGAGAAUGCUACAAAGAACGUUCUCCCAGUAUUAGACGUUUGCAAGUUGUUGGAAAGUAAUCUAUCGCAUUCCAGCAAAAUGGAAAAACUAACAGCCCAUAUGAAUGAACUUUCAUCACACGACGGUGGUGUUAGAACAUGGCUUGCGUUUGCACUAAAGUCUACCCAAUCCUCAAAAGACACUAUUUUUUCUGAGUACUGCGUUAACAAGCAUGUUAAGCAGGCGUAUGCAAAUGCAGAAGAAGUCAGUAAAAAGCCUAGUGUUUCAACUACUGUGAAUCAAAAUGUAUCGCAGUUAAAGAAAAAGGUAUUCUCACACAGUGUGAAAGAAGGUGCAAAGGGCUUACUAUCCUCAAUCGGUAAAAAGUUAUAA